AUGGACGAAGAGUUUCCCUUCACCCUGUUCGUGGAGGGAAAAUGGGACCCCACGACGCCCAAGCUGAAGAACAAGCUUACUAUUUACUUCCAGAGCAAAAAGUCUAAUGGAGGAGACUGUGUGGUACAAUAUGAGGCUUCUGACGGCCAGAGAGCAACCGUACGCUUCAAAACGGAAGAAGUGAGACAGAAUGUUCUUGAGAAGCAAACGCAUGAAAUUAAGCUGGUGAAAGACAUCCUGAGCCUCAGUGUUUAUCUUCCUCCGACUGAGGCCAAACCUACUCAGGAAACACGGCCCUCGGUUAACACAGGUCAAAGAGAAGAAUCGUCUACCGAAGAUGAAAAGCCAACAUCCCCUGAAUCUAAAGAAGAAGAGGACUGUGAAGACAGUGAGGAGUCAUCUCACACAUCAGCUGUAAUCAAAAACAUCCAGAACUUGAAAGUGGAGUUCCUCGAUAUGCUGGUAGAGAAUGUCCUCAAGGGGACCGCUGAGCCAAAAGACAUAGAAGUCAUCCCUGAGUGUGAUUGUGCUGUGGUUACUUUUACUAACAGCAAAGAUGCAGGACACUUCAUUAAGUCUUGCCCAGAGAACUCAGUUUUCAAGAAGAAGAAUCUGGAGAUCAGUCCUCUAGAGAUGACUACAAAGGUGAAAGUAGAAGAUUUACCUUCAAACGUGAACUCCGACUAUAUCAUGCUUUAUUUUGAAAAGUAUGGUGAACUAGAGGGCGACGUGGAAAUGCUAGAAGAUGAUAAAUCAGCUAUAAUCACAUUUCAAGUUCAUGCGGAUGUAAACAAAGUUCUGGGAAAACAACAUCAGAUUAGAAAGCACCCUCUCAGAGUAUUUCCAUACUACGAAUCACUGGGAGUUGCUCUCUAUGGUAAAGAGAGACCCAUUUUGAAACUCCCAGAAUCUUUCAUAGAAAACAUUGAUAAAUCUGUCUGGAAAUAUCUUCAAGAACACCAAAAAACAUUGGACCUAAUCAUGCAAGAUAUGCGGAAGCAUUUCUGCCACCUGGAGUUUCAAGACCCAGCUGUAAGAAUCAGUCCUCUACCUUCCAUUCUUCAGCAAGGUUUACAGACAAAGAAACUUAUCCAGACAUGGAGGGAGAAGGCCUCUGCUGAGUUCACUACAGCAAUGUCAAAAUAUAAGUCACUAGAAAUCAAGAUUGAGGGAGAUGCAUGGGCUGAACUGGAAGGAGAAGUCCACAAGAUGUUGUCAUCUGAACCUGUAACCCUGAUCCUUCACAAAGGUCAAGGAAUGAUGAUCAUUGCAGGCCUUGCAGAAGAUGUACACAGAACUGCGAAUGUGGCACAGAGUACUGUUAACAGGAUUACACAAAGAAUCCAAAGAGAGAAGAGCAGCAUUGAAGAUGGGCUCUCCAUGACUCCAUCUAUUUUUGAGCUCAUCAUGAAAGAUGGUUUGGAGUACAAAAUCUGCAAUGAAUGUCCAGAACUGAAGCUGAGUUACAAUGCUUCCAGUCAAACGUUAACUCUUUUUGGGAUAAAACAAGACAUUUUAGAGUCAAAGAAUAAGAUUUUGCAAGAGUUUGUGGGCCUAAUUCGGAGAAUGAUAGAACUCCACCCAUCUAUUCGGCAGUUUCUGAUUAUGGGGGACAGCGAAGAACUGACCAAAGAACUAUUCUUAUCCAAGGGAAUCAGAGCAUCAUUGGAGAUUAAGGAACACCAGGCAUUUCUUGUUGCUAAAACAGAGAAGACCUUGAAAAACAGUGAAGAUCAGUUGAAAGCACAACUAGAUCAUGCAUGCAUUGAUAUAGAUGAUCCCAGUGUGCUCAGGAGGGCAGAAUGGCAAAAUCUUGUUGACAGAUUAAGGAGCACAGUAAAUUCAUCAGUUAUGACAGUGCUAAUAAACACAUCAGACAGCCAAGUUGUGAUUUCUGGAUUUGUUGAAUCAGUGCAGUUAGUUCAGGAACAGCUGUCUGAUUAUGUGCUUAACAAUUCCCAUGUUACCACAACCCUGCAGGCCAAUAAGAUUAUUGUGAAUUUUAUAAAGGAGCACAAAAAGGAAGACUGGUGUGAAAUUAUGAAAGACAACGUAAACGUUAGCUUUGAGGAUGAUACAAUCUCACUGAGUGGCCCAAGGCUUCAUGUAUCAAUGUGGAAACUUCUCUUUGAGAACCUACUUUCAUCUGUUUACUGCUGCAACUUUAGUGUAGAUAAGCCUGGUGCCAAGAAGUUUUUUAAGAGUAAGGAAUUGAUGAUUGUUGAAACAGCCAAGAUCAAAAUGGGGUGUGUAGUCGAGUUGGUAGAUGAACAUGAUCGCAACAAGAUUUCUUCUAACAUCACAGGAAAAAAGAGAGUUCGUACACCUGAUGGAGUGGAGAUUGUAGUUAACAAAAGUGACAUGUGCUUCUAUCCUGUAGAUGCUAUAGUGAAUGCAGCCAAUGAAACGCUCGACCUCAGUGGAGGUCUAUCAAAAGCACUUUCUGAUGCUGCAGGACCUCAACUGCAGGAAGCCUGUAACCAGAUUAUUAAAAAGCGGACACAGUUGAAGACAGGUGAGGCUGUCCUUACUGAUGCUGGACAAUUGCCCUGCAAGUAUGUAAUUCAUGUAGUAGGGCCAGACUAUGAUAGUUCUAAUCCUCAGAAAGCAGUUACUCUUUUGAACAAUGCCCUAAGAAGGAGUCUGAAUCUUGCUGACAGAGAGUAUUGCCAGACGUUGGCAAUACCAGCCAUUAGUUCUGGCAACCGUGGAUUCCCACUAGACCUUUGUGCAGACACCAUUGUUUCAGCAGUGAAAGAAUUCAUUGAGUUCAUGAAUGGAGACACAUGUUUAAAGGAGAUCCAUCUGAUUGACAAAAAUGAUAAAACCAUUGCAGCUUUAGAAGCUGCAGUGCAGAAUGUAUAUGGGGGCAGUUCCACAAGUCAGGACCCAACAUUCAGGGCAAUUCCCAAAUCCAGCAGCCAACAGCAAAACCUGAAACCAUCAAACUCCUCGAACCAAGGAUCUUCCCAGAGUGUUAAGACGAAUGAAGGGUUGACUGUUACUCUUGCAAAGUGCAACAUUCAGGAUACCUCAGUGGAUGUGGUUGUGAACUCUAUAUCAUCUGACCUGGCCCUUAACCAUGGAGUUAUUGCACAAGCCAUUCUUGCUGCAGCAGGGCCCCAGAUUCAGACACUUCUUAACCAGCAGGCUACAGGCCCUGCAAACAGUGGAGCAGUCUUUGUCACUAGUGGUUGCAAUCUCAAAAACAAACUGGUGUUUCAUGCUGUAGCUCCACAUUGGGACCAGGGACAAGGUUCAGCACAGACGUUGGAAGGCAUCAUGGAUAAAUGUUUAAGUCAGGCAGAACAGCAGAAGCAGGGGUCUAUUGUGUUCCCUGCUAUUGGAACAGGGAAGUUGGGUUUUCCAAAGGCGUUGGUGGCUACCAUUAUGCUGGACUCAGUUCUUAAGUUUAGCAAAAACAGGACUUCACAUCAUGUGCAAGAAGUGAUGUUUGCUCUCCAUCCUAGUGACCAUCAAACCAUCCAGGCUUUUACAGAUGAAUAUAACAAAAGGUUUAACAUCCAGUCAUCCUCAGCAAGUGGAUCCACAAAAGGCCCGUUUUCAAAGGUCACCUCACCAAAGACAGGGAUUUAUGAGACUACGAUGGGAGGAGUUAUGAUUCAGGUUCUCAGCGGUGACAUCACUAAGGAGACAACUGAUGUCAUCGUAAACUCAACCAAUGAGAAUUUCACACUGAAAUCAGGUGUCUCAAAGGCUGUUUUAGAUGGAGCAGGUCCAAACGUUGAGGCUGAGUGCCAGCAACUAGGAGCACAGCAAAACAAGGGACUGAUAAUGACUCAACAAGGCAACCUGCAAUGCAAAAAGAUCAUCCAUAUUUCAGCAAAAAAUAAUCUUACAGUAAUCCAACAACGAGUUAAGCAAGCUUUAGAAAUGUGUGUGAAGCACAAGUUCAGCUCCAUUGCCUUCCCUGCCUUUGGAACAGGUCAGGGUGGAGUUAAUCCAGGCCAUGUUGCAGACUCCAUGAUGGAUGGUAUAGUUGACUUUUUAAAUCAGACUCCACAGUCUUCACUCAGAAUGGUGCGCAUAGUGAUCUUCCAGGCCCCCAUGUUGGUAGAUUUUCAUCAGAGUAUGCUGAGAAGAGAAGCCACUGAAAAGCAGAAGAAUGAGAGUACCUGGUCAAGACUUACAUCAUUUACCAAAUCGAUUUUUAUGAGCAACAAGACCAAAGUUGUCAAGCCACCACAAGAGAUGGACUUUGUAAUCAAGGAAAAGAUGGUGACUGCGGUUUGCUUCUCCAUCUGUGGGCCUUCACAAACCGCCGUGGAUGAAACCAAGCAGUUUCUUGAAAAGCUCAUCUCAGAUGAACUGGCAUUUCAGCCCAUCAGUGAUGCAAUGAUCCUCACAUUGUCUGAUAAAGACAGACAACGAAUCCAGGAGCUGCAACGAACCAUGGACGUUAGUGUGAAAAUUGAGCACAAGGCUCAGGCGGCUACAGCAGCAGAUUCAGACGAGGUCAUACUUAUAGUAGAGGGUCUCAGCAGGGAUGUCCUGUUGGUUGUAGGUGAGAUCAACACCAUGUUGAAAACAACCAGAGAAGAAAUGAACAUGAAGGAAAACAUGAAACUAACAGCUGAGCUGGUAGACUGGCAAUACCAACAGGGUGGCCAGUACCACAGCUUCGACCUAGAUACAAACUUCCAACUAGAAAAAGCAUUUACUCUGAAUUCUCAAGAAGUGGACAUCAAAUUUAAAAAAAAAGUGUACAAAGUCAGAAUGCCAGAGGGUCCUGCUGUGAGUACUACUGGUGGCAACCAGAUGGAAAUCAGGCGUGUUGACAAAAUGAGAGCCACUGAGAACCUCCCAGAGGAAUGGAGCAUCAUGGGACCAAAUGAGCUGCACAAGGUUUGUCCACUGCAAACUGGCAGCAAAGAGUACAAUGAUGUCCUAGGCCACUUUAGAAAAACAUGCAAUCAUAAUGUUCUUAAGAUCGAACGGAUACAGAAUCCUCGCAUGUGGAAGAAUUACCAAACUAAUAAGCAAUAUAUGGAACAAAUGAAUGGCCAUCAGAACAACGAGAAGAUGCUGUUUCACGGAACCAGAGAAGAGUCCAUAAACCACAUAAAUCAAAAUGGCUUCAACCGGAGCUACGCAGGGAAAAAUGCUGCAGCCUAUGGAAAAGGCACCUACUUUGCGCUUAAUGCAAGCUACUCUUCCCAAAAUACAUAUUCAGUACCAAAUGCACAAGGACAGAAGCGCAUGUAUUACUGCAGAGUUCUCACUGGAGACUAUACACUUGGAAACGCAACAAUGAUUGAUCCGCCUGCUAAAACCGCUAAUGGCACAGAUCUCUAUGACACUGUGGUGGAUAACACAGCUACUCCAACCAUCUUUGUGGUGUUCCGUGAUUGCCAUGCAUAUCCGGAAUAUUUAAUUACUUUUACCUGAACUGCAAAACAAUGAGAGCCUUCAUGAUUCAUGAACACAAACCCCAUAUAGUGCCUUGUACACCUAUUCAGCCCCAUGAACUUUUUCCACAGUUUGUACUGUUGCAACCUGGAACCGAAAUGGACUUUAUUGGGAUUAUAUGUCAUGAAUCAAAACAAAAUAAUCCAUAAUAUUGAAGGGGGGAAAACUAGUUAUAAUUUGAAAAAUUAUUUACAAAAAUUAUGAAAGUUGUGAUUGCAAAAUUAGUCAAAAUUAGUUCUGGUGCAAGAAAAUAAAGUAGGAGAACUGUGACUCUGCCUAGUCACAUGUCCACCAAAACCAGGAACCAGGUAUAUAGGGGAUUAGUCAGAGAAGCAACCAAGAUGCCAAGGGUAAUGCUGAGCACAGUGCUACCACCACCAUGCUUCACUAUGGGGAAUGAUGUUCUCAGGGUGAACAGCAGUCUUUCAUGGUGAUUUAUGCCAAGGCCAAAAAGUUAAAUUUGGUCUCAGACCAGAGAACUUUUUUCCACGUUUGCUGAGUCUCCAACUUUACUUUUGCCAAACAAGAAACAGGAUUUUGUAUUUCUUGCAAUUUUUUAUAUAAAGCUGACCUUAGUGGAGUGUAGGGGUUAUGGUUGUCCUGUGUCUCCUAUCCGAGCUGUGGAUCUCUUCAGCUCCUUUAGAGUUUCCCUUGUCCUCUUGGUUGCUUCUCUGACUAAUGCCCUCCUUACCUGGUUAUUUGGUGGAUGGUCUCCUCUUCACAGUUAUGCCAUAUCCAGGAUGCAGGAUAUCCAAAGUUUAGGAUAUUUUUUUGUAUAAUCCAACCCCGAUACAUACUUUUCCAGAACUUUAUCCCUGGACUUUGAUUGCUCGUUGGUCUUAAUGAGACCAACUGUGUGUUUAGGUAUGUUCUCUAACAUACUUUGAGUCUUCCCACAAACAGGUGUGUUUAUAUUGAAAUCACACUUUAAUUGCACGCUUUAAUUCAACUCCAUUCAACUAAUUAUGUGACUUCUGAUGGCAACUGGUUGCACAGAAAAUAAUAUAGGUGUUUCACAGAAAUGGGAGUGAAUACUUGAGUGAGUACUAUGGGUUGUUUUCUGUGAUUUAUUAAAUAUUUAAGUCAAUCUCAGUUCCAGACUGUAACACUACAAAAUGUGGAGAAUACAAUACAGUACCUAACAAAUGUGUGAUAUAAACUGCUUGAAUUAUCAUUGAAGUGUCAACUGUGUUUUACAUAAAAAUCCAUGCAAUGCUGCUUUUAGGUUUGUUCAAAAUAAGAUUGUCUUUACAGUUCGUUUAUUAUUGUCUGCUGUUUUUGAUCAGAAGUAUAACUGUAUCUCUAUAACUAGAGGCCUCUUGGCAAAUGAAGCUCAGGGUUGUGACCUUGUUUUGAAGUGCACUAGAUAUAUAGUGUACUUGAAUAUCACAGGUUAUUAUUUCAGCACAUACUAAGCCCUGUAUGCCUUAACACCAGGAAUUGCUGAAAUAGCACCACCGCUGGCUCAAGACUGUAAGAACUAUUAUGGGUGACAAGUUUAUUGCACAUUUCUCUUGAUGUAGUUUUUUUUUUUUCCAGUGAUCAUUGUUAUGAAAGUUUAGUCACUGAUAUAAGAGUGAUAUUUUUAGUUACAUCAGUUCCUAACUAGAUCUAACUAACUUCCUAACUUUCUAACUAUAGCAAUAUCCUUAGCUUACAUCCAAAAACUAAGGAAUGUGAUACUGUGCUCUGACUUUUACAGUUUAUUAAUGUUCUGUGCUGCUGCCUUCGUGUUGAUUUUUAAAUGAAGAUGCACUGUGAUUUUGUUUACAGAGAACUGAAUCUAUUAUCUGUAAAUUAAUGACUCCAGUAUUCAAACCAUUCUUGCUCUUUCAAGAUAAUUCAUGAUGUUUAUGCACAAAGUAAAAGAGCAAUAUGAAAUAUGAAAAAUGUUUUCCUUACUUCUACCUUCAAUUUAGGAAAAAAAAACCACUUUUAUAUAUGGUUAUAAUCAAGGCACUCUUUAGUUAGCUUUUUUGUUUUAAAACACUAUUCACCGGUAACUCAGCAUGCAUGUUUUCCUAUCCAGAAACUGCUGACACUCAGUUUAACUUUAAUAAAAGCCAUAGUUUAUUUAA